GCUAAGGUUAGGAAAUGACGUAUUUUAAGAUGGCUGACGAUUAAUCAGUUAUUUUGAUCAUUGUAAAAUGUAUGAAAUGAGUGUAAUAGUACGUUAAUUACUUGGAUUAUAGCUUCGUAGUUACGGUCAACAAAUGCAGAAAUGGUUUCUGCAGUAAUUUCCCGUGUUGUGAUACUUGUAUUUGGAACCUUGUAUCCAGCCUAUGCAUCAUAUAAGGCAGUUAGAACCAAGAACGUCAAAGAAUAUGUAAAAUGGAUGAUGUAUUGGAUAGUGUUUGCCUUAUUUUUAUGCGUAGAAACAUUUUCUGACGUUUUCAUAUCAUGGCUUCCAUUUUACUAUGAAGUAAAAAUUGUGUUUGUACUAUGGCUGCUGUCUCCUAUAACAAAAGGAUCUAGUUUUCUGUUUAAAAAAUUUGUUCAUCCACAACUAGCCAAAAGAGAGAAGGAUAUUGAUGAAAUGAUAAUACAGGCCAGUAAACAGGGAUAUACUACUUUAUUAAGACUGGGAUCAAAGAGUAUUACCUAUGCAACAAGUGUUUUUAUGAAAACAGCAUUAACAGGACAUGGUAAAUUAAUAGAUCAUAUAAAAAGAAGUUAUAGUACUAGUGAUUUAACUGAUGAUGGUAGUGGUGUUACUAGAUAUAUAGAUGAUGAUGAAGAUGAAGGAGAGGAUGAAUUAGACAAUCGUUUAAUCGAGGACAAUAAAGAAUUAGAACUCAGGACUGAGAAAAAAGUAAAAACUACUGUGAGUAGAAAAUCAGAAAAAACUAAACUCAAGAAAAGUACAAGUUCAAAUACAGGUCUUUCAAGUGUGAUGGAAGUUGAUGAGGAUGAUGAUGAUGUGAUUGUAACAGAAGAAGUAACAUAUAUACCAGUUACACGUAAACAUUAUACACAUAAAGAGCCAUAUCACUAUGGCACACUUCCUCGGUAUAGACCCAGUAGCAGCGAAUAUUCUUUAUCUCGUUAUAACUACAACUCUAGUUGGAGAUAUUAACAACGACGAUUACAGUCUUCUACAUCUACUAACACAAAAACAAAUCAGCAAGUAUGGAACGUUACCAAAGUCAUACAGUAGAUCAACAAGAAGUCGGAAACAUAUAACUAAUGAAUAUUAAGCUUGAAACUAAGUUUUAUCUUGCUCUGCUAAUUGUUAUAACUGGGCUCAUUGACUGAUUCUGUUUUUGUGAAGGAACUGCUGUUAAUAAGUCCAUUCCAAUCAAGUCUUUCAUUACAUUUGAAACCCUAUUGUUCUUUCUUUCGAAGUGAAUUAAUUUUUCGAAGGAGAAAGUUUUUUUGUAAAGCAUAAUCUCCAUGUGAAAGAGAAUUUGUUUGCAUACGUGUAAUAUGUAUGUAUGUAUAUGUAUGUAAUAAUAAGCUCACUAUAUGAGACAUAAGAGGAAUGUUAUUCCAAGUAUUAUUAAUCUUGACUGGUGUAAAUUGAAAUAUUUUUAUAUGUAAAUAGUACAAAUUAAAGAAUUUACUUAGAGCAUAUCUUUUAUUUUUGUUUCAAUAAACAGAAAGCUUGUAGGGAACUUAAAUAUUAAUUAAAACAUGAUUUCUACCUCCAAACUAUUCUGUAAUUUUAUUAAGAUAUGUGACAUUGAGUAAAUUUGAAUACAUUUACGUUUUGAUUGGAAAUGAAUAUAAUUUAAAUAAGAGUGAUUCAUUAUAAUUAAUAGGAUAUGAUCUCUUUGAUUUAAACAAAGCAUAAAAGUGUUGAUUUGUUUCAGUUUCAUGUAUAUAUUUCAUGAUAUAAACAUCUUUCUACAUUUGUAUGUUCCUGAAUGAGACCAAUCAUGACAUAUAGCAAUUUUUACAUUCAAUCAAGUAUAAACAAAAUUUACUUUGGUUUACUCAAGCGAAAUAUACAUUUAAUUCUAUAGUAAGAAGCAUCAUCUGAACCAAAUUAACCUAAAUCAAGAGGUCUAGCUCCUUGAAAUCUUCUUACAAUACAAUUAACAAGAUUAUUGAAUAGACAAGACAGUACUUAUAUUUUAAUUGUAAGUGUUUAUCUAGUCUAGGAGCAAAUAAUACAACUGGACGCAACAUACUAUUAUCAUCACUGUAUUUAAAUAUUAUUUAUAAACCAUGAUCAUAUUGAGGAUUCUAUAGCAUAAUUCUAUAGUUCUUUAUAUUCCGCUAAACAUUUACUUUUAUAUAUUUAUAAUAUUUACACUGGGAUCUCAUUAACAAUAAUAAAAAAUAAACAUAGAUCUGAUGGAACCCUGGUGUUCAUGUUUUUAUAUACCAGUCAAUAACAGUAAUGGUGUUACAGGUUAUUAAUAUUUAAAACAGUAUUGCUACUCUUGUGUGAAAUCUACAUUCUACUUAACCUAGUCCUUGUCAUUAUUGUUAUACAGAGUUUUAGGGCCUUUAAACAGUUUAAACUUCUUCUUCUUCAUAGAAACAUAAAAUCGUUUUAGUAGAAAUAAAUAAGGUAAUUUGUUGCAGUGCAGCAAAGUGUAGAACUAUGGUGUUCACAAAAAAAUAUUUCAUAGUAAAUGUUAAAAAAGUAUUACUAUAAUCACAGUGUUAAAACCAGCAUAAGCACUGAUAUGAUCUGGUACAACAACACUUUUUAGAAUCAGAUUCUUGUCUCAGAUCACUGGAAAUGGCAUUUCCAGGCUUUCGAAAUUUUCUGAGGGAGGCCACCUGGACCCUCUGUUGUGCACUUCACGCCCCCCCCCCCCCCAUUGCAUGAUUAGAUAAAAACUUUUAUGUAGUAAUAUAUUAGAAUCAUAUAGAUUACACUCUAAAAACUAUUUAUGGAAUAACAAUUACAGGUUUAUUAAAAUGCAACAUUUCGAAUAGGUACUAGGAAAUAGAGAUUGUUAUCAGAAGUCACUAUAACAUGGCCAUGUGGAUGAUGCAUUCAGCAAUGUGUCAGCCCCCAGUGUACACUCGUAGUUUUUAUUGUUCCCAUAUCAGUAUGUCAGUUAUCAAAAUGCACCUUCCAAAUUAAUACAUCAUUAGAUUAUUUACAGCUGGUAACAAGGACUUGAUUAGGUAGAUAGGAUCCUGUAAUCUGUUAUAAUAUAGCCUAGAUUUACUAAUAUAUCUAUUUUGAUUAACUAAUGAUUGACAUGACGAUUAGUAAUAAUUAACACAAGUUGCUGAAGUAGGUUUGUCUCAUAUUAUUGGGUAAGAUUAUGUUAAGAUUGUAUUUAUAUAUUAUAUUGUAUGUACAAUAUGUAAUAAGUUCAUGUAUAUAUUACAUGUAAGAUAUUGUAUAUAAAAGGGCAUGGAAUGAAAUGUACAACUACAUUAUUUAUUACUAUGUUUAACCCUCUUACACCUCCUCUACAAUAUGAAUGUUUUUAAUAACUAUAACAGGUGUUUAUGUCUGCUUCCACCAGUGGUGAUAAUGCAGACUUAAGUAUUUAAUUAACAAAUUCUCUGGUGUAAUGACCUCCCAAUUUAGUAACUAACAACAGAAAGACUUAAAAAUCAUCUUCGUUUUUUUUUUUUUCUCUCAGGUUUUUAUUUCAGUUUACUUCACAUUCCAAAACUUUAAGUCAACACUUUCUUAACUAUGAAUAUAUUUUCUCACUUUUGAUAAAGCAUAUUUGCGCCAAAAUCACAUGCACAUCGUAGGACGUUGUUGUGCCUUUUGCUGAAAAUUUUCUCCACUGUUUGCUCCGUCCUCCGUCAAAAUAACCACAACCACACUUUGGGAAAAUACAGGUUAAAUUAUUUCCCUUAUUUCGCCCUGGUUCCAUUUGUCACAAAAUUUCACAUAAACUGAAAUAUCUCUUUAAUUCCUGUGUCUCUGAUUAUUCACUCUGUAUGUUGUGAAUAUGAUCAUUCAAUCAGUAAUGGGUCUAAAAGGAUGACAGACACAAAACCUUCUCCUUCAAGGUUUUUUACCAAAUGCAAAACCAUUGUUUAUUUACAUCUUUAUUACUAUGUUGCAGUGACUGUACAAAAUUUGACCACUGUUUAGUUUCUUUUUUCUCUGUUUUUAAAAAAAGAACAUUUUGAGAAUCAAAGAGUGCAUUUUUGUUUUCUAAAAAUCCCUCAAGGAUAGUUAUUACAGUUUUGUUUUGUACCAGGGUGCCUUAAUUAUCCAAAGAUUAAGUCACCAAUGAGUGAUGUGAAUACCUUGUUUCAGGUGAUGAUUGUUUUUGUGAACAAAAAAUUGAGAUCAAACAGCUUGUUGUUUACUAAGUUAACUUAUUUUGCUGUAACAUAUAUAUACUUUUAUUAGUUAUAAUCUUUGAUUAAACAGUGUUUCUUUAAUGUAAAAUGUUAUAAUCUGUACAUGGGAGUGAGUGAAAUAAUGUAGUAGAAUGUUUAUUUCAAGAAUAAUCGAUUGAUAAUGAUUGAAAAUGGACAUGCUUACUUUUUGAGAACAUUUUUAAUUUACCAAUUUAAAAAAAUUUAGAAAACCUGGGUUUUUAGAUAUUAGAAUUUUAUGUUUUUAUUAGGUAAUGCUGAAUCAUAGGAUGUUAAAGAUGAUGAGAUUGAAUGGUGUUACUAUAAUUGUGCUUCCACCAAUAAAAUCAAAUAUUUAGAACAAACAAGAUUUGGAAUACAACUUAUCUACAGGCUUUUUUUUUAAGUUGGAUAUUUGCCUUUUUUUAUUAUAAACUGAAUUCUGUUUCAGAUAGUUUUAUCAUCUAAAUUGAAUAUGAUCUUCUUUAGAACCUAUGUCUUCAUGUUGUCAAGUUUUUUUUUUUCUCAAUUAACAUGAUAGAGAACGAGAUUAACUUGAUGGUUGAAGAUGUUGUUAAUAGUGAUAUAUAUAUAUAUAUAUAUAUAAAUUUGUAGAGUGGUUGUGAUUUAGUAUGUAUACAUGUACAGAAAUGCUGAGUAACAUAUCAAUUAUAUUAUGUUUAAGAUUGUAACAGUUUAUUGAAUCUGGUUAGUAUAUAUUAUGUUUGAUAUAAUUAAGAGAUUAUCACACAGUAUAAUGUCUUUAAUAUCUAUAUUUGUUAUAUUCUUGUAAAACUGUACACUGAUUAUUAUGGAUUUUAUAAACCCCAUGAUUUCACAUCAUAUAUAAUAUUUGCUUAGCGCUUUAUGGCCAAAUUAAUAAACGUCAAGUUCACAA